AUGGAGGUCGGUUCAAAGAAUGGAGCAAUCGACCAUGAAUGGACAAUCGUUUCUAGACAGCAAAGAAAGCCUAGAACACCCUUCACAGUCUUUAUAGCCAAUAUUCCAGAGCAUUUGCAAGUGGAUUCCCUGAAGGGCCAUUUUCAAAGAUUUGGUAGGGUUAUUCAAGCUUCAAUUCCCAAUAGAAGAACCAAGUGCUUCAACUCAAGAUUUGGCUUCAUCCAACAUGAGAGGCCAGAUUCAGUAGUGGAGGCAGCUCGAAAAUUCAAUGGAGCAUGGUAUGGUGAAUAUAAUCUUAUUGUCAAGCCUGUUACGUUUGAGAGACCACCACAUCUGUCAAGCCUGCUAGGUUUGAGAGACCACCACAUCCCAAGCACUUUCAGGCAGAACAAAAACAGAGAUUUCAAUCUUAUGAUUCACGUCAUCACAUUCCAAUGA